AUUACAUCCCAAGGGAGUUUUUGCACCUUAUUUUGUUUAAUGUGUACAUCCCUCCCUCGGCUGAUGAGGCUGCCGCCUGUGAGUUGCUCCACAGUGUAGUGACCAGGAUGCAGACACAGCACCCACAGUCCCUACUGCUUAUCAGAACAUCCCCGAAUACACACCCAGGGUGAGAAGAGAGCCUUGCACAGAAGAAGUCUGUGAAAGUGUGGACUGAUGAGGCCAGUGAGAGACUGAGAGAAUGUUUCCAAUCUACAGACUGGGAGACACUUUACAGCUCUCAUGAUGGCGGCGCGUGUACAGUGCGAGGCUCAGCGUCUCUCCAGAUUUCGCAAUUUUGCAGUAAUCUACCUGCUCAUCUCAGGCCUGUUUGUACAGAACAGCUUCUGCUUAACAUCCUACACCCGACAGGAGCUUUUGGACAUCGGUCUUCUACAUUCCGACAAUUUUAUAACAAAUCUUCAGCUUAUACCUGAGAUCGCCAGAACAACGGAGGCUACGCAUUCUACCCGGCCGGGCGGAAGUGCGCACAGGCGGCGUAGAGACCGUAAACAAAGGCGAGGUAAACAUGGGGGGCUAAGAGCUAAGUUAAAACUAACACCACACCGGCUCUCUCUACCCAGUAUUUUUCUCGCCAACGUGCGGUCCCUGGUGAACGGAUGGAUGAGCUACAACUCCGUAUUACAAACAACAGGAGACUUACGGACUGUAAUGUCAUGAUCUUCACCAAAACAUGGCUAAACAGCGGCAUACCUGACAACGCUAUUGAGCUAGCCGGACGCCACACACUCCGGGCAGACAGAGCGGCAGAUGACUCCGGUAAGAGGUGGAGGACUGUGCAUUUAUAUUAACAAAUCUUGGUGUACAGACUCUGUCAUUAUUGAGAGGCACAGCUCAGCUAACCUCGAAUUUCUCGUGGUUAAGUGUAGACCGUUCUAUCUGCCAAGGGAGUUCACUUCCACUGUUAUAACUGCUGCUUAUAUCCCCCCGGAUGCUAAUGCUAAGCUGGCUAUGAACCAACUUUAUGCAGCCAUUAGCAAACAACAGACUGUUCACCCAGAAGCUGCCUUUAUAGUUGCCGGUGAUUUUAAUCACUUAAACUUAAAGACAGUGCUUCCAAAAUUUCACCAGCAUGUUUUUUGCAACACAAGAGGAAACAAAACCUUGGACCAUGUUUAUACAAACAUUCCUGGGGCUUACACCGCGACCCCCCUCCCCCACCUCCGACAGUCAGACCAUCUCUCUGGACCAUACGGUGCUUCUCCAACAACAAACCCUGGAUUACCCCCGACAUCAAGGCUCUCCUGAAGGAGAAGAAGAGGUCCUUCGUGUCAGGGAAUAGAGAGGAGGAUCAGAGAGGGGAAAAGGUGCUACAGGAAGAAGAUGGAGGACCAGUUGCAGAGCAAGAACAUCAGCGGAGUCUGGCAGGACCCUCAGCUCACUUCACACCCCAUCUGCAGACAUGAGCUCCCCCUCUUCAGUCCCCAGCACCCCUCCUCUGUGCUCGAGUCUGUCUGUCACAGCCACACAGGUGAGGAACCAGCUGAGGAAGCUGAAGGCGAGGAAGGCAGCAGGUCCAGAUAGCAUCAGUCCCAAGUUCUUGAGAUCCUGCACUGACCAGUUGUGUGGAAUCUUCCAGAAUAUGUUCAACCUGAGCCUGUCGCUGGCCAGAGUCCAGACACCAUGCCUGGUACCAGUGCCAAAGACCCCCCAUCCAAAGGAGCUCAACAGUUAUAGGCCAGUGGCACUGACGUCUGACCUGAUGAAGACUCUGGAGAGACUCGUCCUUGUUUACCUGUGCCCGCUGGUGAGCUCAUCGAUGGGCAUGCUGCAGUUUGCCUACAAGCCAGAAGUGGAAGAUGCCAUUAUCUACCUAUUGCACACAUCACUAUCUCACCUGGAGAGGACUGGAAGCACUGUGAGAAUCAUGUUUUUCUCCAGUGCCUUCAAUACCAUCCAGCCCACCCUACUGGGAGACAAGCUGAAGUGUGCAGAAGUAGACCACCACCUCAGUGCCUGGACAGUUGACUACUUGACGAACAGGCCACAGUAUGUGAGGACGCAGAACGGUACAACACCCCAACCUGCCACCUACAGAAGUUCUCAGACGACUCUGCGAUUGUCGGCCUCACCAUGGACGGAGAUGACCGCGAGUAGCGAGAACUCAUCCAGGGAUUUGUGGAUUGGUGCCUGGAAAACCGCCUCCAAAUCAACGCGGGUAAAACCAAGGAGCUGGUGGUGGACUUCAGCAGGCGCCAACACACCCCACCCACAUUGGUGAACAUCCAGGGAACAGACAUUGAGAGAGUCAUCUCCUACAAGUACCUGGGCGUUCAUCUCAACAAUAGGCUGGACUGGACCUGGGCUGCUCCCUGGACUCAGUGGACGAGGUGGGUGACAGGAGGACAAUAGCCAAGCUGUCGUCUAUGUUGUCAAAUGCUGU